AUGGCCGUCGCGUGCCGAGCGGUGCUCCGAUUGUUUAUUUCGAGUUUUUUAAGUUUUUACCUAACAAACCGUAACGAUUGACUGAAAACUAGUUGAAAAAGUGUGCAAAGUUACUUCAUUAGUGAAUUGAGUGUGCUUUUGUUGUGAUUUACGCAGAAUUUCACUCAAAAAGUGUGGCAACGAUAGUGCGAGUGUGGCUACUAGUUUAAGUACAGUGUUUUUAUGGAAUGUUGUGAAUCUUAGUGGAUUGUGCGUUUAAAAGCGGAUCUUGGACUCGGAGCAGCAUUAUUCAUCAUUUAAGAUGUCGCGAUGGCUCUAUAAAAUGUAGCGAUAGCAACAUUUGAGUCUGAACACGACAAAAUGGCCAACAUUCGUCCAACAUCGGCAACUAUGGGGAAGCAGGAUUCGUCGUGGAAAAGAGUGAAAGUGCCAUGUGUUCUGUGGUGUUUGGUGUUGGUGAUAGUGUUUGGCCAAUGUGCCGGUGGAAAGCCUAUGAGUGAGACCUUGCAGAGGGCGUUGUCGGCGGUUAGAGGACCAAGCCCUGGGGCCAAGAAGCUGCUGAACAUUCCGGAAGAUGGAGCCGACCCCCUGCCGGGCAAGCACGUGCCGCUUGAGAGCUAUGAAAGUGAACUGGAGAAGGAACAUGCGUUGCCCACUUCUGUGCCCAACGCUGAUAUCCUCAAGACCAACAGCAAUCCCACUUAUCAUAAGCCCAGACCACCACAGCACCACGGCGCGUCGUUGCUGGCGGGGGUGGGGGGAGGGGCGGUGCCCUCGUACGCACCCCCCGGGCGCGCCUUCUUCACCCCCCCUCUGCCACCGGAGUACAGGAACCCGUUCGCUGAUAAGCCUACACUCAGAGGCACAAACACAGACGGUAACAACUACCUCAACCGGCGACCCAUCCCGCCGCCGUCCCUCGGCCCCGGCCACGAGCGGAUUCCGAUCAGACCGCCUGGACAGGAGACGUCCUCACCUCAAGUGCCCGCCCCGCCCCCAGCACCACCUCUGCCCCCCGCAGGCGUUGAGCCGCAGAAGAAAAAAGCACUCAACACACCAAGCCACAAGCCUGACGAAUUGGAUGAUGUUAAGCACGGGACAGACCAAGCGAACUUUACGGUGCCGCAUUCACUGAAUAUACCGACAAUAUCAAGAAUACUAUCUGGUUCUAAUGGCCGAAAAGAGGACAUACCUGAUGUGCUACUAAGAACGGUUACAGCAAAACCUCAGCACAAUCAGGAGAGAACAUCUAAAAGUGAUAUCUACGUCACUAAAGAUGCUGGUGUCACUCUUAGUGACACAAGUAGGGACAUGUCAACUGAAGGGUCAGUACUAGCCGUGCUAGACCCAGAAAUGAAUAAUUUAGAUAGACCCCUUAUAGUAGAUCAAAAUGGAGAAACAAAUACGAGAAGGAAUCUCCAAUAUUCGACAAAUAAGGAAAAUAAGAAUGAUAGUGGUAGAGAUGAUAGUUACACGCCGGCCACGACGAUCGGCUUCGAGUUGAGGGACCCAGAAAUGUCUACAGAGAGAUAUCACAACUUAGCGAACGUAAAUUCUGAUAAGAAGAUCUUGAAACAGGAUCCUAAGAAUAAUGGCCCGGUGCAGAGGCCUGGUGUCAGCUGGCCGUUCGCUUGGAAUGUUCACAUUUAUUUAGCAACAGUUAUGUUCACAAUAUUAGCUGUAUAUUCUAUAUUUAAGAUAUUUUUCUACAAUAGAUUCACGCAUCUGUUUACGCAGUACUAUUUCAUAAUAUUGCAUUUGAUCUUGGUAUCUGUGUGUUUGAUGAGAAUAUUCUAUAUGUGUUACGAUCCUUAUAAUAUAAACAGCUCGUUGCCAGUGUUCUUCAACGAGAUCCUGCUUCAUGUGCCAGACAUUUUCUUGAGCAUAGCAUUCGCUAGCACCACAUUGUUCCUGCUAACCACUAGUAUUAACUUUAAGAAUACGUGUUGCUCCUUCUUGUUCCGUGCUAGAACAAUCAUUGUGGGAGGCAUACUCCACGUAUUAUCGUGUUUAAUGUUGCAUAUCUUUGAAAAUAGUAAUACAAUUUAUAGGGCUCCGAACGGAGUUGAAAAAAGGGUAUUAGGUCUAACUUGUCAAAUAAUAUUUAUUAUGGCAUGCCUAACUUUGGGGCUGUGCUACCUUUAUGUAUAUAAAAUGCUCAAGUCUGUUCUUAAGAAAAAGAGUCACACGUAUGUGAACGGUUUUCAGAAUUUGUAUCAAGCUAUACAGAUCAAUUUAGCCACGGCGUUGCUUUUCAUUCUGAUGGCAAUCUUGCAAAUCUUCGGCAUUUUUGGUAUAAACCAAGUGAACAUGGCGAAAUUGGACUGGUUGCAGUGGGGAUACCAAUCCGCACUCAGAUUCAUUGAAAUCACGAUAAUUGCUCUUAUAUCGUGGGUCAUUAGUUUGAAAGUCAGCAUUGUCGCGUCCUUACAGCAAGAGAAAGCGGACGGCAAUAAAUUGUCUGGUCUGGGUUUGUUCCCUUGUGCGGCCGGUUCCAGUAACGACCAAUUUGAAUCUGAUUACCCAACAAUAUGCAGCACCAACACCAACCUUCAUACAUACACGCACAGAACAGGGAAGCCUAUUUACGAAGGCGCUGGUCAUCACCCCGCCAUGCCGGACCAAUUCUGUACACCAAUAGACCACCAGAGAUUUCAACUCAACACACUUACAGGAAAUUGCGACAAUAAUUCAGGAACUGAAAACUAUUCGGCACAUAGUUCGAUAGCAAAUGCUGGCCACAGCAGUUCCACGACCGAGUCAAGUAACGCUACUUCAAGCCAAGGUGUGACCAAUCAUUUGAUCAAACACCACCCAAACAUGGUCGCGUAUAAUGGUAUGGAAUCGGUUUCAGAUGACCAUUAUUCUAAUUGUGAUCCAGCCAUCCAGUCUCUACAAGGAGACGAUCCAAUGGAUCACGAGUAUAAUGUCAUACAAUAUCCCAGUAACAGCGACUUUAUAAGGGACAUGAAGAACCAAAAUUAUAAUGGCGGAUCGAACCGCAGUUCGCAUAAUUUUAAACAUAUGUCAUACGACAGGGUAUCUUCUAGAACAAAUAGUAAUCCUCGUAAAAAGCACAGAGCAAAGAACAAGAUAGCACAGAAUAGCAUGACUCUAGGGUACGACGGUUCAAUGGAACAUCAUUACCAUCAGCCGCAUUUGCCUGACGAGUACGGUAAUUACAACACCGAGAACGCGUCCUACCACGCGUCUGGCAUCCAAACUUUGAAUCCUAACAGAAGUUUCGGUCCAUGCCAGCAAGUGAGAAAUUCCCAGCGUAGGAAUUCUCCGUCCACAUCGAUGGUGAACUCUAGUGGUAGUCAAAAGCGAGGCAAGAACAGUGGAUUCCCUGACCGACCUAAGUCUACUGACAUGUACGGUUUCACCGAAGAUCCUAAUGAUAGGAAUUACCCUAAUGCCCUAGCUAAUCCACAGCCUGCUCCCAGGAACUGUGGUUAUGAAGCGUCAUACUCUCAACCUCAGGAUGAGGUUAACCCCGAAGCAGACGGGAACAGUAUGCUGGUUGCUCAAAAUGGAUUUGUUAGGUUUCGGCCGCUAGAAGAUGACCCUUCGCAAACCUGAUUCACUAUCAAUCUGUCGCACGCGGCAGAAAAUCUUAGUUUUUGAUAUGAAGGCGAUUGCUUGCCAAGCAUUUAGCCUGUCAAUACGUAAAGCUUUCGACGUUGCACGUCUAAUCAUGUAUAUUAUAAAUGUAUAUUAAAAUAGUUAGGACUACACGAUAUUUAAGACUAUUAUAACGGCCUCAUGUACAUAGCCAGUUAGACUUAGUUUGUAAAAAUAAGUGUCGCCGUCUUAUUAUAACGCCAUUAAAUUUGAAAUUAAAUGAGACUAAAUAUUACAUUAUAAGCACUGAAUGUCGUUUAAUAGCUUGUAAAAAUAUCAAAGAAAGAUUAAUGCUUAUAUUUGAGUCUGGAGUUUUUCCAGAUCCAUCUGAUGAUGCCAAAUUCAUUUAAUACAAAUAUUAUUAAUGUAACAUUGGACUGUUAUCUUAAAUUAUUGUGUAAUGGACAAAAUUGUAAGUAAAAUAUUAGAAUAAAUGUCACUGAAGUCGAUUUAAUAUAUUCAUUAAAUUUAUAUCGACGACGUAUUGUUACUGAGGAGUAAUAAUUUUGAACUUCCUCGGACUUAUCAGUAAAUAAAACAGAUUUCGGGUUUUAAUAUGAAAAAAAAAACAUUGUAAAAUUAGGUAAACACGACGGUCACAUCUUAUAUUGAAUUUUAAAAUAGGAUAUAGUACCCACAACAUAUGUAUAAUACUAUUAUCCAAUAUAUUUAAUAUGUUAACGAUUUAACUAUAUGUGAUAUCUAUAUAAUGAUUUUGUUUGAAACAAAUCUGUCCAUGUUAUUUAAGAUAAUAUCAGAAUAAAUAGUAAGCACUGUCUUCUAGGCCUAUCUUGUCAGGUAAAAUAUAAAUUAUCUGAAAGCUAAAUAAACCCUUUGAUAUCUUUUUUAUGUUUUCCACUUUCACUAUUCAUACGACAAAGUAUUUAGAUAAAAUUUUAAAAGUAAAUAAAAAAUAUUAAAUAUUAUUAUUCGGAAUGUUAUGUUAAAUUAAUAUUAUAUCACGUUACGCUACAAUAAACCAUUUUUAUAACAUCUGUUUAAAUAUUUAAUGUAAAAUCAGUUUGUCUCAUAAUAAGUUUUCUCAACAAAGGCGUUAAAAUAGAUUAUUUUUGCUGUCUAAUUGACGUAAUCUUUUUGAUUAUUUAAAACACUUAAAAUAUUACUCUUUCGUAUAAUUUAUCUAAAAAAUAAUACUUUAAUUUUACGACAUUUAUCGUCGUACCAAGUAUUUGUUCGUGUCAUACAAUUAAUAUAGAACUGAUGUAUAAAUCUGCCUAAUUCCUACGGCGUUACCAGUAUGUUACGUGCGAUAGCUCAAAUACCGGGUAACUUUUAUAACACCAGCGAAAUUUCUCCGACCAAGUUCAUGAAUCUGAUCGAUUUUUAUGAUAACUUUUAAAAAUAAAUACAAAUAAACAUAAGUUAAAGUUAAUCUGAAAAUUUUAUGGUGUUUAAAAGCCAUCCUGUAUAAUUUCAGCCUAGUCAGUGUCAUGACAUCCUGCCAUAAAUAUUUUAAUUAAAAAAUUAAAUAUCAUAAAUUUCAUUAAAAUGUUUUGCACGCAUAAUGUACAAUGAGCAAAAUGCUAAAACUGAGAAAGGAGAAUACUUAUUUUUUUCACAUUUUGCGUUAGGUCUCGUCCUCACUUUGCUAAUUUACAUUUUAAUUUUUUUUUAUGUUGGAACAUUAUCUAUGAGUGAAUUUUGUAAAUUUUUAACAAAUUAACUCUUAGAUGACUGCCAUUUUUGUUACAUUAUUGCAUGCAAAGCAGCAGAUUUUCAUAAAUAUGACUGUGUACACUAUACAAUACAAUAUUGUUAAAAAAGAUAUUGUGUAAUAAAUGUUGGCACUUCACAAUAGAUAGAAAAUAAAUAUAAUUGUAUAAACUAGUGAAAUACUAAGAAUAUUUAUAAAAAUAAAAAAGAAUAAUAAUUAUACCAUCAUUGUUCUGAAAUUGUGUGAUUUCUUUUUGUGGCGUUGUACUAUUAAAGGAAUAUUGUCCUAUAAAUUGUAAAUAAUUAUUAUUCCUAUAUGUAUGGAGAUCUUCCAUAUGAAUGCCACUUUUUAAUUUUAUUGUUUUACUUUUAAGACUGUAAAUAUUUAUGGGAUUACUGUAUAGUAUCCAGUUUGAAAGGACGUACGCGUUCAAUUUCGUUGUAAAUUAUACCUUUUUUUAAUAUUUCCAAGACUGUAUGAUUUAACAAAAUGAAAUUGACACCUACAUAUAAAUAAAAAACUGU